AUGGUUGACAAUGUUCAGGGCUUGGACUCGUUGGACAGUACGUGCACCUCCCUAGCCGGCUCUCUGUCCAGAAGCGGCAGUAUCCGAAAGACCGUUCAGAGAAAACUCCCAGACAACGUCCAGUUGGAUCUCGACGAGAUACGGGCUGAUCUUACCGCUGCCGGAUGGGAACGUCGACUAGGUGGCCUGAAACGUUUCGAGGAGAUGUGUUCCAGCGCUACCAAGGCCGUUGCCUCUGACACCAAGCAUUUCAUUGGUCGUCUCAACGACAUCAACAGCAAGGUGUCCCUUGAGGGACUCGACACCUACAUGGUCACUCUACCUGUGCUCAGCAAGCUCUACUCCACGGAAGCGCACCUGAAAGCAGUGCUGAAUCAGCUCGUGUUGGCCUUAAUGUCACAUCUGUCGAGUAAGAGUGAUGAGCAUCGUAAAACCGCUCAGAAGUGUCUCACCGAAACGAUCAAACGAGUCGAUCCAGCCAGUCUCUCUCCGGCUAUCGCGGCGGCGACUCGAAAAGCGAACAUCAAGCAGAAACCCUUCAUGCUGAACCUGUUCAGCCGCUUGAACGCCAUGCUUUAUCCCACAAAACCGAAGCAAGUGGAGGUGGUUGCGCUGCCCAUCCUUUGGGAGUGCUUGAAGGCCGGCGUGACAGACAGCGAGACGAAAAAGGCCGUGACGGAAUUCGCCAAAGGACUCGUUGAUCUGAUGGGUGAACGAGCCUUCCUUGAUCAAGCUUCCAUGGAAUUGGACCCUGCACGCCGAAAACAGCUCGAGUCUUUGAUACGGUAA